AUGCUCCGUACGCUCACGACUGCUGCGACCACGAACCCUUCCUUGGUUAGGGUGCCUAUAACAUCGCCAUUCACUCGGUCAUCGCUGAACUCCAUACGAUCCAUACUCGCGAGCUCAGACACGCAGGAGGCGCAUGCCGCGGUGCUCAUCCCUCUUUGCAAUGUGGAUAACAAGCCCGGCGUGCUUCUUGAGGUGCGAGGAAAAUUAAGGACACAUUCAGGGGAGGUGAGCUUUCCUGGUGGGAAGACGGACGCAUCGCCAUUGGCGGCAGCGCUGCGCGAAAGCCAGGAAGAAUUAGGCAUACAUCCUCGCCAAGUGGAAAUCCUAGGACGCAUAGGUCCCACGGAGACAUCUCUUAGCGGUCUCAGGGUAUGGCCAUACGUCGGUUUCGUGCAUGCUGAGCGACAGGCAGAGACCCCUCUUGACGACCCUGACGUCGAUGCUCCGCUGCCGUCUCUGUCUCUUUCCACCUUGACACUCUCGCCCGCCGAGGUUGCCCACGCGUUCCACCUACCCAUGGCCGCCGUGGUCUCGCCUCCGCGCCUACACACCUACCUCUUCCGUGCCGCAAGGCCUUACUUUGCCGUCAGUGUUGCGGACCUUGUCUCCGGACCUCAUGCCGUGCACUCAGGACCGGACAUUGCACCUAAAUGGACAAACGAUCCUCAGCAACGCGAUGAAAUAGGCGGUGGCCGCGAAGGGCGACUCGAGGUUUGGGGACUGACAGGGUGGUACCUGUCGGAAUUGAUGCGUCACCUCGGUGUAUACAGUGACCAGCCGAAUGUACGAUGA